GAUGUGACGUCAUGUUGUGUUGAUGUUGUGACCGGACGCGCUGUGGACGGAAGAGGGAGACGCGUUUUGUUUUUUGUUCAAUUAAACCGUCGAAAAGGAACCCAGGUACCGCUUCCUUGUCCGUUUCGGGUCGCUAAGAGCCUUAGCUCGGUGAUUGGUGCCAAACGGCCGGGCCGGAGGGCGUGUAGACCGUCUCAUUUGAUCUAGAAAGGGAGGACUCGUCACCCUCUGACCCCCUCCCUGCUUCCUGCACACUCUCCACCAUGACUAUUCUCCCGAAGAAGAAGCCCAGCUCCGGGGUCGGCGUCUCGGACCACGCGGAUGACAGCGAUCGUCGGAGCGGCUCCGACCCUCACCAACACCCUCACCCGCACGCAGGGCGGACCGGAACCCGACCGAGGGCUUCCCCUCCGCCUUGGUCCUAUCAGCCCGCUCCACCCUCCGCCAGGGACGACAGGCGCAGCAUUGAGGCGAGCUCCCGGCCGCAGCAGGCCUCUCCGCCGCCCGUCGGCUCCGUGUCCCCUGUGGGGCCGGGCGACGGUCGGGACAGCAGCGGCGGGAUGGUUGCCGGGUCCCGCGGGGAGCUCGUAGUGUCGGCCGGCGUCGUCGGAUGCGGCGGUGGCAUCGGCAGCUGCUGCUCCGGGCCCGGGCUGAGCAAGAGGCGGAGGCAGGCAGGCACCUGCUCCGGCGGGGUGGUGGGGGCGCUGGCCGGCGGAGGCCAGCCCGGGGUGACCGGACCGGGAGGUGUGGGGUCCAGCCAGGACACGGAGGAAGGAGCCGGGAACAAUAGCGAAGACGAGUACGAGAACGCCGCCCGGCUUCAGUCCAUGGACCCGGCUACCGUGGAGCAGCAGGAGCACUGGUUUGAAAAAGCUCUGAGGGAGAAGAAAGGAUUUGUCAUCAAGAAGAUGAAGGAGGAUGGAGCGUGUCUGUUCAGAGCUGUAGCUGAUCAGGUGUAUGGAGAUCAGGACAUGCAUGAAGUGGUGCGGAAACACUGUAUGGACUACCUGAUGAAGAACGCUGACUACUUCUCCAACUACGUGACGGAGGACUUCACCACAUACAUCAACAGGAAGAGGAAAAACAACUGCCAUGGCAACCACAUCGAGAUGCAGGCCAUGGCGGAGAUGUACAACAGGCCAGUGGAAGUUUACCAGUAUAGCACAGAACCAAUCAACACGUUCCACGGCAUUCAUCAGAACCACGACGAGCCAAUCAGAGUGAGCUACCACCGCAACAUCCACUACAACUCCGUAGUGAACCCCAACAAGGCCACGAUCGGGGUCGGACUGGGACUGCCUGCCUUCAAACCCGGGUACGCGGACCAGUCUCUUAUGAAGUCGGCCAUCAAGACGUCAGAGGAGUCGUGGAUCGAGCAGCAGAUGCUGGAGGACAAGAAGAGGGCGACGGACUGGGAGGCCACCAACGAGGCCAUUGAGGAGCAGGUGGCCCGAGAGUCUUACCUGCAGUGGCUGCGGGACCAGGAGAAACAGGCCAGACAGCCCCGUAAGGCCAGCGCCACCUGCAGCUCGGCAACGGCGGCAGCUUCCAGCGGACUAGAUGACUGGAGCGCUCGGUCACCACGGCAACGUGACUCCGACCCCUCCCACUCCGAACUCACCACUGCCCCAUCGACCAACAACAAGCCCCCUUCACCCGCCGGAGCCGCCCUCAUCCUGAGCAAACCCCCCUCCCCCUGCGCCCCAGGUCCCAGUAAUCAGAGUCGUCACCAUUUGGAGUACAGAGCCAUCAUGCAGGAGAUGUCACCUACAGCAUUCGGUCUUACGGACUGGGAGGACGAUGAGAUCCUGGCGUCGGUGCUAGCGGUCUCUCAGCAGGAGUACCUGGACAAAAUCAAACACCAGAGCACCGGCAUGCAUCGAGAGAGGGAGCCAUCGCCCGACAGCAGCUGAUAGCCGGCCCGACACGCACAAAAGAAAAAAAACGCGCACACACACACAACAGCGACCUUUCACCCCCAUCCCCCCCACUACUCUCCUGCCCACCUCUGACCCACCGAAGGAGAUCGACCAGGGAAAAAAU